CAAGCCAUGCACCCAGGAGUGUCUCAAGAGGAGGCAGAGGAUGUAGUUUCUUUAGCAUUGUCUGUUGUAUUUGGAACUAUGACAUUCUGUCUGCUGAUUUCUUUGUUACUUCUGUAUUUCGUCAAUAGGAGAAGGAAAGGAGAAAACAGAAAGAGGAAGUACGAAGAUAUCAACCUGCAUGCAACAGAAAAUGAAAAUCUUCUAAGAAAGUCACUGGAAAUGGAUGCUAAACCAAAUGUUCCAUAUCAUGAAAGAGGUUACAUGUAUAUUUUAGAAGAAACAAGCGCCAGAAUAACAGACAUCAAAGAUGAAAGCAAUACAAAAGUUUCUACUCUAAAUGCUGCCUGCAAGAAUGGAAAGACAGAUGCGUGUAGAUAUAUCAUCAAUCGCUAUCCAGAUAUGCUUAAUCAGGUAGAUGAUGAAGGAUGGAAUGCAACAUUAUACGCUGCACAAGGAGGAAACGUUGAAAUUCUAGAACUUCUGCAAGAAAAAGGCGUCAAUAUGAUAUAUGAAAACAAGUUUGGCAAAAAUAUUCUUCACAUUGCUUGUGUCAAUUCCCGAUUAGAAAUGUGUCAAUAUAUCGUCCAAAGGUAUCCAGAUAUUCUUAAACAGGUAGAUAAUUUUGAAGGGUUUAAUGCUGCACUAUACGCCGCACAAGGUGGGAAUGUUGAAAUUAAGAACUUCUAG